GGAGGAAGCAGCGGCGGCCCCGGCACGGGCACCAGCUUCCCGCCGCCUGGAGUCAAGCUGGGCCGUGACAGCGGGAAAGUGACCACAGUAGUAGCCACCCUAGGCCAGGGCCCAGAGCGCUCCCAGGAGGUGGCUUACACAGACAUCAAGGUGAUUGGCAAUGGCUCUUUUGGGGUCGUGUACCAGGCAAGACUGGCUGAGACCGGGGAGCUGGUGGCCAUCAAGAAGGUUCUCCAGGACAAGAGGUUCAAGAACCGGGAGCUGCAGAUUAUGCGGAAGCUGGACCACUGCAACAUUGUCAGGCUGCGCUACUUCUUCUACUCCAGUGGGGAGAAGAAAGAUGAGCUUUACCUCAACCUGGUGCUGGAGUAUGUGCCCGAGACCGUGUACCGGGUGGCCCGCCACUUCACCAAGGCCAAGUUGACCAUCCCUGUCAUCUAUGUCAAGGUGUACAUGUACCAACUCUUCCGGAGCCUGGCCUACAUCCACUCCCAGGGCGUGUGUCACCGCGACAUCAAACCCCAGAACCUGCUGGUGGACCCCGACACCGCCGUCCUCAAGCUCUGUGACUUUGGCAGCGCCAAGCAGCUGGUCCGGGGAGAGCCCAACGUCUCUUACAUCUGCUCUCGCUACUACCGGGCCCCUGAGCUCAUCUUCGGAGCCACGGAUUACACCUCGUCCAUUGAUGUGUGGUCAGCAGGCUGUGUGCUGGCCGAGCUCCUUCUGGGCCAACCCAUCUUUCCUGGGGACAGUGGGGUGGACCAGCUGGUGGAGAUCAUCAAGGUGCUGGGAACACCAACCCGGGAACAGAUCCGAGAGAUGAACCCCAACUACACAGAGUUUAAGUUCCCCCAGAUUAAAGCCCAUCCCUGGACAAAGGUGUUCAAAUCUCGAACGCCGCCUGAGGCCAUCGCGCUCUGCUCGAGCUUGCUGGAGUACACACCGUCCUCCCGCCUCUCCCCGCUCGAGGCCUGCGCCCACAGCUUCUUUGAUGAACUGCGAUGUCCCGGAACCCAGCUCCCCAACAACCGCCCACUACCCCCACUCUUCAACUUCAGCCCUGGCGAACUCUCCAUCCAACCAUCUCUCAAUGCCAUUCUCAUCCCUCCUCACCUGAGACCCCCUGCUGGCUCGGCUGCCCUCAGUUCCUCCUCACAAGCUUUAGGUGAGCCCCGCCUGGGCUCCGAGCGGCAGGCUACUGAUGCCACAGCCACCCUCAGCAGUUCUUCCUGAGGGCCUCGCCAGCCACCCUCGGUCGGGGUGCCCCCAGGGGGGCUGGGCCAGGGCCCACAGCCCACCAUGCUCCUCCUGCCCUGGUUGGGCCCCUUGCUGAUGCCGAGGAGGCAGAGUCCCUGGCCCCACCUCGUCCUUCCCUCACCAGCUGCACCCCUGCGGGGGGGCUUUUUAAGAGGAUUUUAACUGGUUGUGGGGAGGGAAGAGAAGGAAGGAUGGAUGGGGCUGGGGGCUUGAGGACCUCCUACCCUCUCAGCCCCUCCCGUGCCCCCAGGUCUCCACCUCCCCCAACCCUCCCCCACUUCCCCAGGUCCCUUGUAAAUAGAACCAGACCAACCCCCAGCUCCCACCCUUCCCUGGCCCCCAGGUGUAAAUAGAUUGUUAUAAUUUUUUUCUUAAAAGAGAACAUUGAUUCGCACCAUCCAACCUGCCCCCCUCCCACUGUGCCCCCUUCUGUCUUCUGCCCCCAAGGUCUCCUUACCCCUCGGCGACAGGGGAGUGGGGAGAGCUCCCGAGUGUUCCUUCCCGCUGUAAGGUUUGCCUGUGUACAGACCUCGUUCAAUAAAUUAUUGGCAUGGAAACCUG